AUGGCGUACAGCGAGCAGAGCCACUCACAAUCUUCACCCAACCACCACCUCACCUCCAGUACACUGAGACCAUCUCUACUGAGAGACAGAGCAGUGGCUGUCUUGGAGAGGCGUGGCUCUACAUUCGGUGACCUCAGUCUCACCCAAUUCGACGACCCUCUCCUGACUGAACACGCCGUGUUCCUGGCUGUCGUAGACAUCCCCAGACACGUCUCAAUGGUAGAGUUCUCCACAGCAAAGCUGAUGAUUCACGUGUUCCAACUCCACGAGGAUGGACCAGCAGCUGAGGAACUGGACUCAAGCUGCGACACCUCAGCUGCCAGUCACUGGAUGCUACCUAACUUGGAAUUUCACGGAGUGUGGGAGAACCUGGUGUAUGAUACUGACAUCAAGGAGAAGACAGGUAAACAUUCUGUUGCAUUACUGCUUUUACUGUAUGUCAUCCUACUCCCAGAGGAGUGGACAGCAAUGUGGUUUCUUGCAAUAGAGUUAUUCUACUGCACUGGUCCUCCAGGGACAGGCAAGACGUCCCUGUGCAAAGCUCUAGCACAGAAACUGUGCAUCAGACUAUCUCCCAGGUAUGCAUACGGACAACUGGUUGAGAUCAACAGUCACAGUCUCUUCUCUAAAUGGUUCUCUGAGAGUGGUAAGCUGGUUCAGAAGAUGUUCCAGAGGAUUCAGGAGCUAAUUGAUGACUCUGAGUCUCUGGUCUGUGUCCUUAUUGAUGAGGUGGAGAGUCUGACCGCGGCCAGGCAGUCAGCCAUGUCUGGGAGCGAGCCAUCAGAUGCCAUUCGAGUGGUGAACGCUCUGCUGACUCAGCUGGACCAGGUCAAGAGAUAUCCCAAUGUCCUCAUCCUCACCACCUCCAAUGUCACUGGAGCCAUAGACCUGGCCUUUGUAGACAGAGCUGAUAUCAAGCAGUACAUUGGUCUGCCGUCAGCCUCUGCCAUCUUCAAGAUAUUCCACUCCUGCAUUCAGGAGCUCAUGAGAGCAGGAAUAAUUUCUCCGGUCCAGCAGAUCCUGGACCUGAGGUGUCUGGAGAUGAUGAGAUUGCUGGAAAACGAGGCCACCAGACUCAGCCUCAGACUCAGAGACAUUGCCAGGAAGAGUGUUGGUCUGAGUGGACGUACUCUCAGAAAGAUCCCUUUCCUUGCCCAUGCUCUGUACAUUCAAACCACUUCAGCUAGUCUGGAGAACUAUCUAUCAGCUCUAGAGAAAGCCGUGGCUGAGCAGUUCAGAGAGAGGAGAAAUCUCUCCAAGACUGACCCACCUAGUGCUGCUCAUUUUGAUACUUGUACAAAAUAAUCAUUAGUUUAACUAUGACACAAGACAGU